UGUCUAUCGCGUCGCCAACGUAUCAUUGUACGCAAUCGUACUGAACGUCUUAGCGAACUUCUAGACUGGAAGACAUUAUCGAUGAGUGAACGAUACAAUUUUUUGCAGUUCUACAGAGAUGCAAGAUGGAUGGCAUUGAAGAAGACACAUCCGGAUCUUGAGAUGCGCUUGUCUGAUCAAGUAACGAUGAUGCCGCGUCCAAUAUCUGCUCCUGGAACUCCGUCGGUAUCUGGUCCAACCACACCACGCGAGUCUGACAGUGAAGAAGACAGCGAACAAGAAGAAUACGAAGAGCAACAGUGGAACGAAAAGUAA